GAGAGAGAGAGAGAGAGAGAGAGAGCUAAAACGCCGACUCGGAACUACAGACACGCCGCUUGUUUUUAGUUGCGUAAAAAUAUUCUCUCCGUUUACGCACCGCUUGCAAUCUGCACAUUCGCGUUAUAUAAGGAUUGCGGGAUUUAUUUUAUGGAGAUCAUGGACCGUAUGGUCGAAACAGAUCUUAUGAACUAAAACCUGUUGCCAGUUCGACGGGGCUGGUUUUUCAUUUCAGGUCUGCUCGUGGAUGUGAUGCUGGACUCUUGUUUGCGCACUGGCUGGUAGUUGGAGAGAAGUUUGAUCGGUAGUGCAUUCAUUUGAGAGGCACCAUGCAUGUGUCUCUGGCCGAGGCGCUGCAGGUGAGAGGCGGACCCCUGCAGGAAGAGGAGGUCUGGGCCGUCCUCAAUCAGUGCGCUGAAAGCCUCCAUGAACUCCUCCGCAGAGAUCCUUCUGCAUUGGGUUUCAUCAUCUCUCCGUGGUCCCUGCUCCUCAUGCCUUCUGGAAACAUCUCUUUUACUGAUGAGAACGUUACACAGAAGGACUUGCGGGCGUUUACCGCCCCAGAGGUGCUGGAGGGCCUCAACCUCACCUCACUGUCUGAUAUGGAGAAGAUGCACAUGUAUUCCCUUGGCAUGACGUUGUUUUGGGGUGCCGACUAUGAGAUUCCUCAAAACGAGCCAAUGAAACUCGGAGAGCAUCUGAACAGCAUCCUGCUGACCAUGUGUGAUGACUCCACCCUCUCUCGGCUCUCCGUGCGCUCGGUGCUGGACACCUGCAGCACGCACAUCCGUAACUCCAACUGUGACCCGUCGUUCUCCUACGUCAGGCGACUGGUGAGGCUUGUCCUGGGCUCUCUUUCUCAGCUGGAUGGUCUGUUGACUCAGAGCGAGAAGGAAAACCUGCCAGAAAGAAGUAAAGAGAUUCGGGAACGACUUCGAGGAAAGGGACUUCCUGGACGAAGUGCUGCCCAUCGCGUGCUGGAGCGCUAUCGUGCCCGGACUCAGGAGCAGGCCAACCUGAACCGGGGCCUCAGCCGCUCGAUGGGCUCUCUUCCCAUCGAGGACCUCGUCGGGGCAGACGAGGGUCCCCUUCAGAACCCCCCCUCAGAUUACCACGCCGGGUCCGAGUCCUCUUCAGAGCUCUACCACCAACGCCAUCAGCAACAUUUGCAUCAGCAGCGCGGCCGACACUUGGAGCCGGACCACCGUUCCCACCCUCAUCAACGAAACAAAAGCUGGGCGUCCUCGGCGGAUCUAGGAUGCCUCGAUCCGGAGAUGCUACGCUUCGGGGCGCUAGAGGACGCUCGGAGGGGCAACAGCGCCUUGAGCUCUCGCUCGGCAGGGCGACACAAGUCGUCGACGAAGUCUAGGGACUCUCGAUAUUCGGACUUUGGGAGCAUGGAUGUGCAGAAGCCCCAUCACAGGUCGAACAAUUCUGUCGCCUCGGCGUUCAAUAACGCUUACGAUCGGCUCAAGGAGAAGCAGAAGAAACUUCAGGUGUUGAAGCAGGCCAUGGAUGAUCCCACGCACACCCACAGAAGAUACCACAGUGACUACAGUUCAUCCAGCGAGAGCCCCUCCGUGACAUCAUCAGACCCCGAUUACAGACAAGCUAAAAAGCCUGAUGAUCUGAGACGAUACAGUUCUCAGGUGGGACUGUCCGAGCAUGACCCCGUUUCGCUCAGCGGUGCUCAGAGACACAGAAUACUUGAGGCUGGUCAAGACGAGCUGUCAGGCACAGAACUUCUGAUCCAGCGACAGGAAGAGAUGCACAGGCUCCAGGCCCGGCUGUCCCGAGCAUCUGCCUAUCCCGGAGAUGACCCCCGGACCUCCAUAAUGGACCUGGUGGAACCCUUUCGCAGCAUUCCUUUGGACGCCGGCCACAACCUUAGAAAAUCCAAAAAUUUCUUCGGACCCGAGUUUGUGAAGAUGAGCAGCGAGCCGUGUAUGGUCUUAAACGUCCCUUCAUCCAUAAUGAAUAAACGUGGAAAGGUGGAAGAGAGUCAGAGGAAGGUGGGAGUGGUCUUACCGAACAGUCAGAGGUUGGAGCUGUGCUGCGAUGUGAAGUCGAUCUGUAAGGAUGUGCUGGACAUGGUCAUUGCUCAUGUGGGGCUGGUGGAACACCACCUGUUCAGCCUCGCCUACCUGAAAGGGGACGAGUUCUUCUUCAUCGAUAACGAUGCCAAACUUUUGAAGGUGGCCCCCGACGGUUGGAAGGACGACCCUAAGAAAAAGAAAACGGAUGUCAAUUUUAAUCUGUUUUUGCGUAUCAAGUUUUUUCAAGAUGAUGUCAACUUAAUACAGCACACGAUGACCAAACACCAGUACUAUCUUCAGCUGCGGAAGGAUAUCCUGGAGGAGCGGGUGCGAUGUGACCUUGAAAAUGCGGUGAUCUUGGCAUCUUUGGCACUGCAGGCAGAGUUUGGAGACUAUCAGCCUGAGCUCCACGGAAAGACGUAUUUCAGGACGGAGCACUACCUCCCCGCCUCCGUGCUGGAUAAGAUCGAUCAGACCACCGUUAAAGAGCAGCUGCCCAAACUCCACGCCUCAUACUUCAAUGCCUCAGAGGAAGAGGCGGAGCUUGAGUUUCUCAAGGUGUGCCAGCGACUGACAGAAUAUGGAGUUCACUUCCAUCGCGUGCUGCCAGAAAAAAGAUCCCAGACUGGCAUCAUGCUGGGCAUUUACUCAAAAGGUGUCUAUAUCUUUGAGGUUCUCAAUGGAAAUCGAACCCCCGUGCUACGGUUCCCCUGGAGGGACACCAAGAAGAUCUCCUUUACGAAAAAGAAGGUUUGCUUGCAGAACACUUCAGAUGGGAUUAAACACUUGUUUCAGACAGACAGUCAGAAGACCUGCCAGUAUCUGCUGCAGUUGUGCUCGGCCCAGUACAAAUUCCACCUGCACACGAAGGCCCGACAGAACAACCAAGAACUGCAAGAUUUGGAGAACUCUCCUCUGGGCAGUCUGCAGUACUCUGAUGGGAUGAGUUUCUCCCCCGGCUCAGAGCCGGACCUUUACAAGAGAAUGUCCUACUCGGAGAUGUCCCUCAACAAGAAUGCUCGGAUCUCUAUCCCACCGGCCUAUCCGGGCUUAAACAGCAGCUCUAACUCUAAGAUGAAGAGUCGUUCCCAUCAUAACUUGAGUCAGUUGCCUGAGUCACCUGAGCAUAGGAUGGUGCCUUUCGGUAGCCAAUUACAGAGCGGCAUGGCUCGAUCGCAAGUGCUUGUGUCAUCGCAUCAGCGUGCAAGCUCAGACACAGACUCCAUCCUCGCCGCCAGACAGCAGGAGGGUCCCAGCUGGGUCUCCAGUGGCUUGAAGAAAGGGUCGGACUCCUCCUCCGGUGAGGACAUUGGACAGGCGUAUGUCGUAGGUGUUAGCAUGCACAGCUCCGGAGCCCCGCCGUCUACUCCCGCUUCCUCCAUCAGAAUCGGCGAUUCCCUGAAAAAGAGGGUCCACGCUUUACCCUCUCCAGAGCGAGAGAUACAGGCUGUAAAUCUGAAGAAAGAUGUCAAAUGUGGACUGGGUUUUCAGAUUGUAGAUGGACAGAACUCUGGGCAACAGGAUCUGGGUCCCCUCAUCAGCUCCAUCACACCCGGUGGACCCGCUGAUAUCGACGGCCGUCUGAAACCCGGCGAUAGGCUGUUGAGUGUGAAUGAUGUCAGCCUGGAGGGCCUAUCACAUGAGAGGGUGGUUGAGAUUUUGCAUGGCACCCCUGAUGAUGUCACGCUGGUGGUCUCUCAGCCUAAAGAGAGGCUGUUUCCAGACUCUCCUACAGGAAUCCAGCACUACAGGUUAGACUCGGCUACACCCAAACAAGAAAUGCGAGUUGAUUCUCCCACCGAAGAGCAUGCGGCCUCUCUCACCUUCAGUAAAGCAUCACCGCCCCGGCCGGAGAGCUCCAGCUCCCACGACUCCAGGACUGAGAGCGCCGGCCACCUACAGAGCAACGGAUUUCACCGCAACCUUCUUACAGAGGAGAUCUCGGCCGACAGUAAACCAACGGCCGAUGCCGCACCACCAGCUCUUCCCCCUAAAACCAGAAAACCCAAAGUUCCAGACGUUCCUAAAGAGCUGGAAUACUCUGACAGAGGGGACUCGGACAUGGAUGAGGACACGUACUCGAGUAGCCUUGAGAAACAAAUGACUAAAAAGGGGGUUUCUCCUAACAACGUCACGGAGACAUUAAAUGCUAGUAGCCCAGAAGUCAAUAGCCUCCAGCCUGGAGAUCUAUUUGACGUUGAGCUGUCCAAAGUAGACAGCAGUCUGGGCAUUAGUGUCACGGUACUGUUCGGAAAGGGUGGGUCGAACACAACGGUGAGGCACGGAGGGAUAUAUGUCAAAGGUGUCAUUCCUAAAGGAGCAGCCGACCUGGAUGGCAGGAUAAAGAAAGGGGACCGUGUGGUGGCCGUAAAUGGAAAAGGUCUUGAAGGAGCCACUCACAAACAGGCAGUCGAUGUGUUAAAAAACACUGGCCAGGUGGUGCAUCUGUUAUUGGAAAAAGGUCAACCCCUAUUAGACACCCUUCACGCUCCCCUGACACCUCAAAGCACAUCUGAGCUUCAAAACAAACCUGACGCGCACGGUGCAGCCGCACCAGAGCCGAAACCAGCGAAAAAAGCAGAAUACAAUUUCGUCACGCCAGAUAACACAUUCGAGGUGGGUUUGGUGAAGAACACAUCCGGGCUUGGCUUCAGCUUCAGCCGGGAGGAGAACGUCCCCGGAGAGCCUGCGGGCACCAGCAUGGUGCGGGUCAAAAAGCUGUUUCCCGGGCAACCAGCGUCCGAGAGCGGCCGCAUCGAAGUGGGCGAUGUCAUCCUGCGUGUCAAUCAGACAUCUCUCAAAGGACUGUCGCAGCAUGAGGUGAUCUCUGCUCUGAGAGGAACAGGGCAGAAGGUGACCCUACGCUUGUGUAAACCUGAGACGGGGGUCUUACCUGAGAUGGACCCUGCCAUUACCACCCCCGUUCCCUCUCCACGGAAGGAGCUCCAUCCCAAACCCCAGCCUGAUCCCAAGCCGAGCUCCUCGCCUCAGACGGAGCGCCUUCGGACAUUGGUUCUGGUGGAAGAAGCUCUGGAGAGGUCACUGAUGAAAUCUCCCACUCGCAGAGACAGUUACAGCGACAGCACCGACAACGAUGAGCUUGAGGAGGCUUUCAGCCAAGCCAGGGACCACAGCGUCUACCAGACACCAAUGGAAAGACUCGACCAAUACGAGAACGCCAAUCUGGACGACACUGUGCGGUCGGCGUAUUACUCACCCGGGCAGUCCGUGUCUAGACCAGAGGUCAACACAAGGGAUCUGGAUGGUUUGGCACUACGCAUGUCAUCGUCUCUUUCCCUUCCCGAGGGCGGAGUCUUGAGCCCCAGUCCAGACCCACUUCCUCCACCACUGCCAAACCCCAUCAACCUCAGUCUUCCAGACCCCGCCCACGAGGAGGAGCUUAUCCCUGAGGUGGAGCUAAAUGUCUCUCUGGUGAAGUCUGAUAAAGGAAGUUUAGGCUUCACGCUCACCAAAGGAAACGACAACAACUGCUACAUCCAUGACAUCAUCCAGGACCCGGCUAAAGAAGAUGGCCGACUGCGGCGUGGAGAUCGAAUGAUAAUGGUGAAUAACAUUGAUGUGUCUGGCAUGAAUCACACCGAGGUGGUCAACUUGGUGCGUGCAGCCCCCAAAGUCGUGGACCUCGUGGUGGGCCGCGUUCUAGAACAGCCCAAGCCGCCGAUAGAAGCCCACCUUCUGCCCGACAUCACGUUUCAGUGCUACGAUGAGUCUUUAGGUCUGGUUCUCGACGGUGGAAGUGACAGUGGGUUGGGCGUUCUGUACGUGAAAGACAUCAUACCGGGAUCCGUGGCUCAUGCGGAAGGCAGUUUAAGGCAUCUGGAUAUCAUACACUACAUCAACGGAGCGCCAACGCAGGAUCUGACCUUGAGCGAGAGCUGCAGACUCCUGCAACUUUCACUGAAGAAUCUCACGCUUAAAGCGACCAGGGAUGGAAAGCCUGUUUUUCCGGGUAAGGAGGAGAUCUCAUUACUAAACAACAACGUCAGCCCUAAAGUGUCUCAGAACGUGAACGGUUAUCUCCAUAGCAACAAGUGUGACGAAUUGGAGGCCCUAUCCGGGAUCUGUCCUGCGGAGGAGCAGAUUGUGAAGCUGCAGUUGGAUAAACCACCAGGAGGGGGCCUGGGUUUUUCUGUGAUCGGUGGAGAGAGGGGCAUUUUUGUGAAGUCUGUCACCCCCGGGGGUACAGCGGACACUGAGGGGACGCUGCAAGUCGGGGAUCGUUUGCUAAAGGUGAAUGACCAUCUGAUGGUCAACGUUUCUCACACCGAAGCCGUCACUACUAUCCGUAAAGCUAAAGGUUUGGUGCACCUCGUCGUCUCUCGUCCACCUGACCAAAUGCCCAACACGUACCUGAGCUACCUGCCUCCCAAAUCCAACGGCAUCCAUGGCAACAACGAUGUGAGUGAGGACAGUGGGGUGAAGGUGAAACUCCAGACUCCAUCGGAGCAAAGCAAGAGCAACAACCCACCACCUCUUCCUCCGAUAGACUAUGACACAAAACGCAAGGACACGGAGGGUAGUGCGGAUUUAUCGGAAGACACUGACUGUGACGGCUCCUCUCUGCCUGAAGACUCUCCAGAGACGUCUCGGAAAGCUGAGUGGAAGGAGGAAAAUGUUGACGCUUCGCUGAAUGACAGUGAACUUUUUCCUCCGAAAUGUUGUAGUUCUCUGCAGUCAUCUGGUCAGCCAGAUGAUGAUGACAUCACAUGGGGCAGCAACGAGCUGCCGAUAGAAAACAUCAAUUCUAAAUUUACUGAAGACGGACCGAUAGUCACAGAUGAUGAGUUGACGUCUCUGCCACUGGUUACAGUGGUUCCUGAUGGUCAGUACACGUCCAGUAAACUCAACAGUGUGGUGAGAAUGAUGAGAGGUCUGCUGGAGCAGAAGGUUCCUCUGCAGGAGUUUGAGAACCUGCAGAAUUUGCAGCCCAUCGACGACUGUGUGGUUGGCCAGUUGAAUGACAACAAGAAGAAAAACCGUUACAAAAACAUUCUUCCAUACGACACGACAAGGGUCCUGUUGGGAAAGGACGGCGGCUACAUCAACGCCAACUUCAUCAAGAUGCCUGUGAAGGAUGAGAACUUCUUGUACAUUGCGUGUCAGGGGCCGCUGCCGACGACGCUGGGUGAUUUCUGGCAGAUGGUCUGGGAGCAGAAGUCCAAUGUGAUCGCCAUGAUGACACAGGAAGUGGAGGGAGGAAAAGUGAAAUGUCAGAGGUACUGGCCCGACACGCCCCGCUCGCCCGAGAUGGUGGACGAUCGUCUGCAGGUCUCGCUGGUUAAAGAUCAGCACCUGGACAACUUCGUCAUUCGGCUAAUAGAGGUCAAAGAUAUCCAGACCAAUGAGAUCCAGAGAGUAACGCACCUGAACUACACCGGCUGGCCUGAUCACGGCACCCCAACUCAACCUGAACAGCUCCUGACCUUCAUUUCUUACAUGAGACAUAUCCACCAAUCAGGACCCAUCGUUACACACUGCAGUGCAGGAAUUGGCCGAUCAGGAACACUCAUUUGUAUAGACGUGGUCCUUGGUCUCAUCAGCAAAGAUGUAGAUUUUGACAUAUCAGAUGUGGUACGUACCAUGAGACUCCAGAGGCACGGCAUGGUGCAAACAGAGGACCAAUAUAUUUUCUGCUACCAGGUCAUUUUAUAUGUGCUCAGAUGUCUGCAGGCAGAAGAGAAGCUCUCGGGUUAAACACGCGGACACCGACUGCCUUUCUGCUCUUUAACAGGGUCAAGAGAUGAACUGACAAUUACAUCGUGCUUCAGCAGUUUCUUCUUUCUAUCAGGGCCUGCGACCUUUUCCGAACAAAUUUUUUGACUUAAAAUGUUUUUGACGUCAGUGACGGAUAUGAUUCUUGCAGAAUUUUGUGUAUUUUUUUGUCGCUUACAUUCUUGACCGUUGGCUGCUACGACUUUGAAACCAUUUAUUUUAUAAUUUAUCAUUUUUGGUAAACAGUUUUUAUAGAUUCUUCGAAGAUUAUGGGUCAACUAUAAAAGAAAUGAAUUCAUAUUUUUUGUGGCACAAUUUUUUUCUUGUGUAGGCCUAUGUUAAACUAACUGAUGCUGGAAUGGAUGUUGCCUUGACAGAAUACGAGACAGUAUUUGCUUUGUAAAUGCUUUAGAGAGUGCCAGUGGUAAUCGAAGAAAUGAAAAGUGUUAUAUUUAGUGUAAUAUUUAUCUUAUGAAAUCUGUUAUGUUUUUAAGCUGUUACAUACUGGACAAUUUGCAAUUUGUAAAUAAAAGAAUAUCAUUCC